AUGGUUAUCUUUAUGGACCUCCCCUCGGACCAGGAAAUUGAGGUCUUUGAGAAUGUGGUUCUCCAGAAGGUCUACCAUUUCACCCAGCGAGCUCUGAUUCGCGAGGCUCUUCAAGGCUCGGCGCCAUUCAAUGCCGGGGGCAAUAAGACCCUCGCCAUGGCUGGCGAUGCGCUUCUUGACCAAAGCCUUAUUGAUCAGGGUCGAUCGAGAAAGAAGUCACCAGAAGAGAUUACGAACGUCCUCAACACGGUGGCCUCUAACAAAAACUUGAGGGACCGGGCCAUUGCCAUUGGUCUUGAUCCCUUUCUCAUCAAGAAUCCGGGCCAGUGGGGCGUUAUAGCCGGGAAAAAUGUCAUGGCUGAUGCCAUGCAAGCUAUCAUUGGUGCUGUCUAUUAUGACUCCAACAAGAACCGCGAGGACUGUGAAAGAGUCAUGGCUGUCCUCGGCAUCUCUUGGCCCGAGUGA